AUGGCGAGUUCUUCUUAUCUGCUGACCUUCCUUCCCUUACUGGCAUGGAUAAUUUACGUACUGUAUUGCCUGACGGUCAACUUCAUCAAAGCCAAGAAAACCGGCCUACCUCUUGUAAUCCUCCCAAUCGAUUGCGGUAACCCUCUUUGGAUGAGCAUCGACACAAGAGUUCUACCGUAUUUCAGACGCCUCCCUUUUGGAACAAAUAAUUUCACUCGCUUCAAUUGGCGGGGAUGGGAAAUCCAGGACCGUUAUAGAGCACACCAAGAACUAGGCGAUGCAUUCAUUUUCGUUACACCAGGCAAGAACUGGCUGCAAAUCUGUAACGCCGAGACCAUCUCUGAAAUAUUUGCCAGAAAGGCGGAAUUUACUAGACCCACAGAGAUGCUCGAAAUGCUCAAUGUGUUUGGGCCGAACCUUGGAACGACUGAGGGACCACAAUGGCAACGCCAUCGCAAGAUAACGGCAACUUGUUUCAAUGAGCGCAACAACGAGUUGGUAUGGUCCGAAAGUUUGGCUCAAGCUGCUGGAAUGGUUCACUAUUGGUCAUCGAAACGAUCAGUCAACAGUCUUGCGAACGAUUCUCGAACAUUGUCCCUACACGUUAUGUCAAGCGCUGCGUUUGGCAAAUCAUAUGCCUUCCAAGGAGCAGAGGAGGUCUCGACUACCAACGACUUGUCGAGCAUUAGAGACUCGUUGAAGUUGAUCCUGGAUAACUGCAUUCCACUUGUCGCCCUCGGGCCUAGCAAUCUUAACAAGUGGUGGCUACCUAAGAGCUGGAAGGAGCUUCAUCAAGCGACCGUUACGUUUAGGACCUACAUGACAACUACUUACGAAGAAGAGAAACACGCUAUAUCCAGUGGGAGGAAAGGCGGAGAUAAUCUCAUGACUUCCCUUGUCCGUGCAUCUCAGGCUAAGUCCGAGGGUUUCACAACGAAUCCCCAGCAGGAUCACGGCGGCUUAACAGAGCAAGAAAUCUAUGGAAACAUGUUUGUGUUCAACUUCGCCGGCCACGAUACUACUGCAAACUCUCUUGCCUUUGGACUGGUUCUUAUUGCAACACGGCCGGACUAUGAAACUGUUCGCCUUUACACACCUGUAGCUAUCGUUAAGACGACAGGUUCAGAACCACGAUCCAUCCAGAUACGCGACAAAACUUACACCCUUCCUGCUGAUAUGAUGAUUAUCCCGAGUUAUUCAGCUUUACAUACCCAUCCUCGUCAUUGGGGUAACAACUCCUUGGAAUGGGAGCCGUCGCGUUGGAUAAUUUCGGAUCCUGCAAAAAAAGCUUCAGCAGAAGACAGACUCGAGUCAGAAACCUUCUUUGAGUUCCCUAAAGGGGCAAACCCUUUUGUGGCAUGGUCUGAAGGUGCAAGAGUUUGUCCGGGCCGCAAAUUUUCACAAGUCGAGUUUGUGGGCGUGCUGGUGGCGUUGUUUCGCCAGCAUAAGAUACGACCAGUGCCGCUAGACGAGGAAGAUGACGAGGCGGCCAGGAAAAGACUGCGUAGGAUGGUUCAGAAGGAUGCAGGGAUGAAAUUGUUGCUGCAGUUGAUGCACCCAGAGCAAGUGAUUCUCAAGUGUGAAAAGCGAGUGUAGUUCAGUGGCGUGGCUGAGU